GUACAAUUUGAUUUUGACGUGUAACCUAUCGCUUUCCCUUUAUUUACAAAAACUGAUUUUAAAUUGUUUAAUUAAUUCGAUAUGUCUACCGGUCAAUGGGAAGUUGUUGGUAAGAGCAAAAAGUCGCAGAAUGGAAAGGUUAAAUCUAAGGAGGAAACUAAAAAGGCAGUGAAAAAUGGUCCAAAACUCGAAGAUGUCGUGCCCCACUCACAAAUAAAGUCCUUUUAUGAGGGUAUGGAAAUCGAUGAUGAUAGAAAACCUACCAAAGAUAAAAAGAAAGAAGGAGAGAAGAAGUCAAAGAAGCAACAAGAUAAAAAAACAGAGCCUCCGAAACCUAAACCCCCAAAAACCAUAGAAGGAGCUUUCCAAGCUAUUGAUCCAGAAGAGUUAUCAACAAUUAUUGCAACAAACAAAGUGAGAUUUUCCAAUGCACCUCUAGUUUGGCUCAAAGAAGUGGCCAACUUUUUGAAUUCCAAGACUCAAAUUGAAAUUGAUGACCCCACAUUUGCUAGCAGUCCCUCUGAUUACCCACUGUGUAUUGUACCAGAGCCUAUAAGAAGCAGUCUUGAGAAUGUUUUAAGAGAUGCAGGCAAAGCAAAUACACAAUUGUUUUUUGAUGUUACUCUUACUGCAUUGGCCAAUGAUAUGAGUAGAGGUCAACAAGUUAAUGGUCAUAGACUGUUACUCCAAAUGCUUGCUAAAGAGAGCCCUGAAUUCUGCAUAGCAUCAGUAGCGAAAAGUGCAAGUCUUAGAAAUUCUUAUCAGAAUCGGCCACCAAUUGGUUUAACAUUGCUGUGGGCUUUUGGGCAAGGUGGAUUAAGUGAUUUUUCUGUUGGAUUAAAAGCUUGGCAAGAAUUGUUUCUCCCAAUAGCAGAAUUAAAGAAUUAUUCGAAAUACGUGAUAUCUUACUUAAACCAGUUGUUAGAUAACCACACCAGCAUGGAUAAUGUGAAAGUUACUCAGGAUCAGCUGUUUGCCAUGUUUGAUAUGGUUAAUAACAAAAGGAAUAGUUUAACGAAGGAUCUAUCAAGUGACCUUAUCAUGCAAUUAAGUAAAUAUAAGGAUAUAUUUUUCGCUCAAAGUGGCAGUAAGUUACAAGUAUUGUUCAAUCAAAUAAUGAAGAAAUUGCCCAACCAAUAUCUGAGUGGUAGCGGCUUGGACCCAUACAACAAAGUCCUGGUGGAAUGUCUUGUUGACUGCCUUCAAAAAGACGAUUCAUGCAAUGCCACUUGGAGACAGUUGUUCCAUAAAUGUAGCAAGCAAUCUGCAACUCUGCUUGAAUAUAUCGAUAACAACUGGAUCAAUGUUAGUCCAAAGCUGAAACUGAGGUCGUUGAAGACAACAGUCCUGCAGUUCAAGGAAGUGAGUGGCGAAGCUCUCAAAGGCAAGAAGAAGGAUGAAACUGUCGUCAAAACAAACAAGAUAUGCCAGGAUAUUCUAGACAGAAUGACAAGCACUAGAAGAUUCCCAUGGCUGUGGGCCAGCUUCUUUUUGUUUUUGAGUAUCGCAGGAUUAGUUACAUAUGAUGUCUCAAGAGUUAAUGGUGACUUCCCAAAGAGUACCACAGGAAAACUGUUCAAGGACCUUGGUAUUUUAGAACACAGUCAAAAAGCAUGGCAAAAAACACUGUCAACAUCUGCACGAGGCUACAUUUGGCUAGAGAUGAAUGCACCUACUUAUUAUGAGCAAACAGUUGAAGUAUGCAAGCCAUACUUACAGCUCUCAAAGGAUGUGUUCUUUAUUACCGUAAAGAAAGUUGGCAUAUUGUAUGGAAAUGUACAAGAGUAUGUAAUGGAGAAGACACCUGUGGUGGUAGCUACUAUUGAGCAGUAUGCACCAGGUCUUGUAGAAAAUGUGCAAAGUUAUGCCAUGUCAGGAUAUGCAGCCGUUAGAAAGUUCACUAUUGACUAUUACCAACUGUCAGUUGAAUAUUUGAAAACUAAAGUAUUUGUUGGUGAAUGGGCACCGGAAAUGCUUCAGAACAAAACUCAAAUGGCACUCAAUGUUACCAGGAACCACAUGUCCACCUACUUCCACUGGUUCAGGGAACAAGUCCACUUAUACUCUGAAAUACCUUGAAGUAGAAUAGUGGCAUUAAUAUGCUUAUGUUCUGUGUACAGUUUUCAAAUGGAGAAUUGAGCCAUCUAUUUUUAUUAAUAAUAUAUGAGUUUUGCUUGCAUGUUGUUUAGGAAUAAUUGCAACAGCAUACUAAUUAUGAUUUUAUUAGUUUUCAAAUCUUAGAAGUUCAAGUGAAUUUUUAAUGAAAUAUGUACUUUUGUUUUUUAUAAGUACUAAUAAUAUGUUUCUAGGGCAAGUAAAAAAAUAAAGAUAUGUGAGCGUCGAAAGUAUAUGAUAUGAUACGGUCUUUAUAGACUUCUGUAAGGUGUUUGUGUAAUAACUUUAUUUUGGUCUAUGAAACAUUAAAGGUCGCUGACCCCUACCUGACAAUAAUAAGAAAUAUUACACAGAAACGAUAUCUAUACAUUCUAUGAAUACACCCGUGUCGCUUUCUUUCAACGCUCACUUAAUACUUUAAGGUACUCCUUUUUUGUCUGCCCUUAAAACAGACUAUAAUAGUGAUUCUUCUCUUAUAUUUCGAAUUAACAUAUUUUUUUAUAGAAAGUUCUAUCAAACAAAAAUGAAUUCUUGUUUAUAAAUAAUUAAUCAAAUAUGCAUAUUUUUAUAGUUUGCUUUAAAAAAAUGAAGCACAAAAUGAUUGCACAAUUCUCCAUAUGAAAAUUUCGAUACAUAUUUUGUCUUCAUCAACAGCAAUAGUGAAAUAACGAGUACAACAUUCUCUGAAUUGUUACUAAAACAUUUGAAUCUUAUAGUUUUAUUUAUUGUUGACCUUCAAAUAGUGUUUAUUGGAUUUAGAUUUCAUCAUUGAUGCAAUAAUUUCAACCAUAUCAUGAUCACUGAACAUCAUAACGAAUUAAAUUAUUUUUUUACUCAUCUCCAUGACAAAUUAUUAGUUAUAACUAUUUUUCGAAAUUGAUUCAGUAUUUGAAAUUGUCACAUUCCGAUCAUGCAUUUAAAUUAUACAUGUUAUUAUGUUUCACAUACAAAAAGUUUAGACCAGAAAUCGAUUUGUUUUGUAUGAAAAUAUAGUUCUGUAAGUUUUUAGUAUAUUUAUUUGUGUUGAUGAAUGAUUGUGUGUUUUUAAAUAUACGAUACGAAAU